ACAAUUUAAAACGUUAAUCAAGCCAAAAUGACCGAUCCAUCUAAACGUCCCCUUCAGUUCCCAAAAUGGCACAUUCCCUACUUAGAGAAGCACCGUAUCCCCGAGCUUUUUUACGAAAUUGCCCGGGAACUAGUCAUUCAAAAGCCAGAAGAUCAUCUCCUCUUCAUAAAACAAAUCCUGCAGCAAGCUUCUGCGAGUCGAGACUCCUCGAGGGUUAUCUUAAUCGGUUCUUUAAAGAUUAACCGUGUAGCAGUAGCUGAGCAUAUGGCCAAACUUACUCAGCAAGUAGUCAUCACAAAGUCUGACUUAAAAAACAUUUUUGAAAUAUCUACUCGUUUAAAAGCAAACACUGUGGCUAAAGCUCUCGCCUGUCUAGUGCGUAGCCAAAAUAUUUCUAGUGAUGGUUGGAUUAUUGCUGAUUGUAUUAACACAGAAGAGGAAGCGAAAGCUUUAUUGAAAUUAGGAGUGCUGCCCACUCACGUUAUCCAUCUUAUAAUACCGUUUCAGCCUAAACUAGAUGAACUACUUUACUGUGAUGUUCCAGAACAAUGGCCCCAACUAAGAAGAAAUCUUUUUGGCUUAAAACAAGUUUUCAAUAAGAAAUUACGAGAGAUACCAUUGACUGACAAGGAUCUAACCACUCUAGCAGAAGAAUGUGUGGUUAUAUGCAGCAAGAAAGAGGCAAUUAAACAUGUGAAACCUAGAGUGGUCCUCUUUGGGCCACGAGGAAGCGGUAGAAAAACUCAGGCAAAGUUAUUGCAAGAGAUGCUCGGCUUAGUACAUGUUGAUUUUGAAUAUUUAUUAUGCCAAGCCUGGAUAUCUGAGACUGAGCUAGGAGAAAAACUAAGGAAGUGCAAUAGAAGAGUCUGCUUCCACUCAGAGUUGCUCUGCCAAAUAAUUAAUAAAAGAAUACUAGAAAAGGAUGCUCUGGAUAAUGGAUGGGUUCUCACUGGAUUCCCUUACACGGUCACUGACUUACAGUUUUUGGACUCAUUACAAACGCCUCCAAACAGGAUAAUAGUUCUCGAAUUGGAUUUGAAAAUUGCGGCAGAAAGAAUAAAUAAUAGAUAUACUAAUGUGUAUACAGGAUCGAUAACAAAAUUGAAUUUGCCUCAAAGUGAGGAUAACAAAAAGAAAGAAGAACGCAUCGAAAUAGGCCGCAAGAUUCUUAAACAGCACCCAAAAGACACAACAAAACUGACCCAAGCUGAGCACGAUUUUUACUGCCAAAACUAUGGAGAAAUUAAAAAGUAUUGUGGGAGUACCUUUAUGGUUGUAUGCGGCGAGCCCCACGAACGAUGGGUCUAUGAAUGUAUUGUCGGGCACAUAAUAGGCCCCAAUCCACCUGGACCUCCAAGGAAAGGUUUUGGUGUUGAAAUUCCAGAAGUAUGCAGCUGCGACUGCAUUCAUAUACCUUCUGCUAUUACUAAGACAUACACGAUGAAUAUUUAAAUUUCAUACUAUAUUUUUAUAUAUUACAUACAGUGGUGGCCAAAAAAAUAAGAGUGCCUGGUUUUAUUUGAAUAUUUCUAAUAAUAUAUUUUGCUACAUAGAGAAAAAAACAAUUACGAUUUCAUAUUUGUACAACAUAUGCCAUCAUUGAUAAAAAAUAAAUACACAUUAUUCUUUGCUAGUUUAAUUUGUAAUUAUAAACAAAUUUCUUAUUUUUUACAUGUUUUAUGGUGGACGAAAAAAUAAGAGUAUUUUUCUAAAAUGGCCAUAAAAAAUUAUAAUUACAAUGUACCGCAAAACAAACGACAGCAUUAGAUAAGUCAAUACUUGGUAGAAUAACCAUUAUUCUUGAGGACGGCUGGGCAUCUUCAUGGCAUCGAAUUGAUCAACCAUUGAUUCCAUACAUCUUGUUUAUUUGUUGUUUUUUUACAAGCUACUUGGUUUUUCAGUUCCUUUCAAAGGUUUUCAAUAGGGUUAAGGUCAGGCGAUUGUGAUGGCCAUUCCAGAACCGAAACCCUAUUUUGUGUAAACCAUUGUUUAACAAUGCGUGCCGUACGUUUAAGGUCCUUAUCUUGUUGAUACAUCCACCUUUUAGAGAUAUUUUCUUCGGCAUAUGGUAGCAUGACUCUAUCCAAUAUAUCCAAAUAAAUUUCUUUUGUCAUGGUCUCUUUAAUCCAAAAUAUGGUACCUACUCCAUUGUAGGAAAAAACAGCCCCAUAUGAUAUUUCCACAUCCAUGCUUAAACUGUGCCUAUUGUGCUCCUAGGAUUAUAUUGUUCAUUCUUCCUCCUUCUAACGAAUAUUCUUUCAUCUGAUCCGAAUAAGUUGAUCUUCGUCUCAUCACUAAAAAGAAUGUUGCACCAAUUUCUUUGAAAAUUUUUAUU